UGCCUCCUUUCGCCCGGUCCCAUUGCCAUGGCCGUCAUCGCAGAUAUCGAAGAAGAGACCCGACCGCAGGCGUCCUCGUCUUCUUGGGGCGAUGCCGACGAUGAGGCCUUGGCCUCGGUGCUCGCCAAGCGGGGGCCGAUGCCCUUGCUCGAGGCCGCGAUCGACCUCGUCAGGCGGCGGACAGAGUUCUUCAAGGACGAGGCCGCCGUGGGCGAGGUCGUGAAGGCGGUGACCGCUGCCAAGGAGAAGUUCGACGCAGAGGAAAGGCUGAAGAAGAGGGCCGCGGACGAGGCCCAGAAGAAUCGUCAUCAGGAAGAGGUGGCUGCGGCAGCCAAGGCUGAGGAGAAGAAGAAUUUGCGAAAGCCAAACUCUGGAAAUGGUCUGGACUUUGAUAACUACUCCUGGACUCAAACGCUUCAAGAAGUGACUGUCAAUAUUCCAGUCCCUCAGGGAACAAGAUCAAGGUUUGUUACUUGUGAGAUAAAGAAGACCCAUCUGAAGGUCGGGUUAAAGGGACAACCUCUGAUUAUUGAUGGUGAUUUUUACCAAUCAGUGAAGACAGAAGAUUGCUUCUGGAGCAUAGAGGAUGGAAAUUUCAUUUCUGUACUUCUGACCAAGCAAAAUAAGACGAACUGGUGGAAUUGCAUGGUACAGGGUGAGCCUGAAAUUGAUUUACAGAAAGUACAACCUGAGAGUAGCAAGUUGUCUGACCUGGAUUCUGAAACUCGGCAGGUCGUAGAGAAAAUGAUGUUUGACCAGCGACAGAAAGCCAGGGGUCUUCCAACAAGUGAUGAGAUUCAGAAGCAAGACAUGCUCAAGCAGUUUAUGGCCCAGCACCCAGGGGUGGACUUUUCAAAGACAAAGCUAGUCUAAGAUUUCACUCCCACUCAUGUCUUUGGCUUGCAAACAAGUGUGCUAAGCAACAAUUGUCUUUUGAUCUCCAAGCUCACAAGAUACCUGAUAAUGGAAUUUACAACAUCAUGAUAUUAUGUAACACUUCAGAGCAGACUCGACAGUUUUGGUUGAAGAUCCUCUUUUGUACCCCUUUUCUGUUCUUAGUGUUCUUUUCUGUAGUUGAAUGACUAAAUCUCUAUAAACUGGAGAAAACUUUC